UGUAGUUGGAGUAAACCGAAAAACUACAACUCCCAUAAUACAUGAGCCGCUUGAGUAAUCCCCGAGACUUUAGCUGCCUGUCCCGACGUUUGAGACUUCGUUAUGUUUGUUCAGUGUUUUCGCAGAAAUUCAUCGAUGCACUGUUGACAAACUGUUUUCCACGUCAGUGAGGACCAAACAACUCGCUCCGCAGGUGGGUACCGUGUGGCAAACAAACACACCUGCCUCAAUAUAGAGUCUUUUGUAAAGAUUUAGCAGAUAGUGACCUUGGUGUAAUUUAAGAUUAUGCAUAGAUCAUUGAGUGGCAGGUCUUAAAUAUUGUGCUUUUAUAAAUGUCAGAAAGAAGUAGCUUUUCUACUUCUUGUUUGCAGGUCUUUUUCCUCUAGAUUCAGUUUAAAACCUAUACAGYAUGACUAAAAUAGUUGUUGUUUUUUUAAUUCUAUUGUUAACUAUGUUAUGUAGAUGACUGCAGCAGGUUCAGAURAGUGAAAUCAAAAAUCUAGAGGGGUACUCAGAAUCAUUAGAUAAAAUCUGAACUGGAAUAUUCUUCAAUUGUAGAAGAUUUUAAACACCUUGUGGUAAAACCUUUCUCAGAUAAAUUUAGAUUGUGAUAGGAAUAAUAUAAAYUGUACCAUUAGAACGUCUUUAAAAUCAGAAAGAAAAUCCGUGUCUGUGAUUUAAAAAAAAUGUAUUGUCUUAUUUCAAAGAACAGCUAUUUAUUUCACAAUAAACUAURUUUUAAACUGUCAUUAUGCAGUAUACUAUAUUCCUUUGUAGAUAUGACCUAUUUCUGUCCUGUACCAUAUUUAAUCCCAUUACAACUAAAAAUACAGCUUUUCCCUUUUGAAGAAAAACAUUUUAGGAUUUCUUCUCAAGGUAAUUAUAUACAGCAUAAUAAUCAUGUUGUUAUGGACAUUUUGUAACUACUGUAAUUUCAAAUUGGAUGAUAGUUCUUCAGUUUUUACUUUAAAAACUACUAUUGCUAUUUGAAUGAGUUUGCUUUUCUUUUGUUUGUUUACCUCAACUCACUUUCUGGUCUUUUUUUAUAUGAAAGGGGUUAUUGACUUGACCUGUGGCAUCCUUAUAGCCGUAUUAUGCAACUAUUUAGAUAUAUUAGAUAUUAUAUAGGAAUAGUGAUUGAUACACUUAAAAUGUACUAUGCAAACAUGGCAGUGGCAGACCGACUCACUUUGAGCACAGGGAAAACACCAUUAGAUUUAAGUAAAUGUGGCUUAUCACACCUUGAAACACAAGAAASCCAUAAUAGUGUAGAAAAGAUAUUUGAGCUUUUUUUUAAAAAUUAUURUUAUUAUAGUCCACUAGUAAGUCUUGAGGUCGACACCAUGGGGAGCAGGAGAGUUCUGGUUACUGGUUGCUCCUCUGGUAUUGGCUUGGCUGUGGCAGUACGCUUGGCCAAGGAUGAGACCAAACGGUUUAAAGUAGUUGCCACAAUGAGGGAUCUUGAGAAACGUGGCCCUUUGGAAAAAGCAGCAGGUGAUUUAUUAAAUAAAACCCUGGUGAUCCAAAGGUUGGAUGCCUGCUGUGAAGAAUCCAUCAAAGAGUGCAUCAACAGCAUCCCCAACCGACAAGUGGAUGUCCUCGUGAACAAUGCGGGCAUUGGCAUGAUUGGACCACUGGAGUGCCAAAGUAUUACCUCAGUGAAAGAGCUCUUUGAAGUCAACUUCUUUGGCCUGGUGCGAUUGGUGAAAGAGGUGCUGCCAGACAUGAAGCAAAGACARAGUGGCCACAUCGUGGUGAUGAGCAGUGUCAUGGGAAUACAAGGACUUCUGUUCAACGACGUCUACUCUGCGUCCAAGUUUGCUGUGGAAGGAUUUUGUGAAAGUCUGGCAGUGCAAGCAAUGAAAUUCRACAUCAAGACUACACUGGUGGAACCUGGUCCUGUGAUGACAGAGUUUGAAAGAAAAGUGUAUGAGGACGCAGAGAACACGGAUCUGUCUGAGACAGAUGAGGAGACGGYCAGGAUCUUCCGUGACAUUUAUCUUCCAUACUCUAGAAAGGUCUUCGCAACUUUAGGCCAGACACCAGAGGAUGUGGCUGAGCAAACACAUGAAGUGAUUACAGCCAAGGAGCCUCCUCUACGGCACCAGACCAACCGACUGUACAUGCCCAUGACUGCACUAAAGCAUGCAGAUCCCACUGGCAGACUACCUCUGGAAGCUUUCGAUAAAAUGAUCUUUAAACAUGACGCUGUUUUUAAUGCCACAUUGGGGAUUCUGCGCAUGAUGAAUCGGAGGAAGGGGAACAAAUAAUCAUUUAAUGGAAGUAGAUGCAAUAGUUGAUUAGGACUACUGCAGUUAUUCUUUUUUAUGUUUAACAUUCAACUUCUACAUUUCUGACCAGUUGUAAAAAAAAAAAAUAGAUCUUUUAUUAGCUUUGUUACCCUUUAAAAGAGGAUUUAAUGAUUUUUCUUUUUUGAAGAUAUAGACUAGAUGUAUGUGAUCCUUUAAAUUUAUUAGUUUGAUUUUGGUCAUUAGAAACUCAGAUGUUUUUUUUUUUCCCUUAACCCUUCAAACCCUGAUAGAAGAAAUUGUUCUAUACUUUUUAAAACUGUACUGUCUAUUAUAUGCUUUUGCCAAAUUGCAUCUAUUAAAAUAUUCCUAUUUUAUGUUAUUGCAUUGAUAAAUUA